AUGAAGGGAAACUUUAGGAAAAGAGAUAGCUCUACAAACUCAAGAAAGGGUGGUAAUUCUGACAACAAUUAUACGAAUGGAGGUGUCCCUAAUCAGAACAACAGUUCAAUGUUCUAUGAAAACCCUGAAAUUACGAGAAACUUUGAUGACCGUCAAGAUUAUUUGUUAGCCAAUAGUUUAGGCUCCGACGUCACGGUAACUGUUACUUCUGGUGUGAGAUAUACCGGUUUAUUGGUGUCCUGUAAUUUGGAAUCUACUAAUGGUAUCGAUGUUGUCUUAAGAUUUCCCAAAGUUGCUGAUUCAGGAGUUAGUGAUUCUGCGGAUGGCUUGGCUAAAACCUUGGGGGAAACCUUGCUGGUUCACGGCGAAGAUGUCGCUGAGUUGGAACUGAAGAAUAUCGAUUUGUCUCUUGAUGAGAAAUGGGAAAAUUCCAAAGUUCAAGAGGCAGCAUCCGCCAGAGCAAAUAUUGAAAAGGAGAGGGUCAAUGAGGAAUCGAAUGAAGGUACGAAAUUCAGGACCGAUGUUGAUAUCUCUGGUUCUGGCAGAGAAAUCAAAGAGCGUAAGUUAGAAAAAUGGACACCCGAAGAAGGUACGGAACAUUUCGACAUCAACAAGGGUAAAGCUUUAGAAGACGAUUCUACAAGUUGGGAUCAAUUUGCUGUGAACGAGAAAAAGUUUGGCGUAAAGUCAACCUUUGAUGAGCAUUUGUAUACAACAAAGAUUAACAAGGAUGACCCAAAUUACAGUAAGAGAUUGCAAGAAGCCGAAAGAAUUGCCAAGGAAAUUGAGUCGCAAGGAACCUCCGGUAAUAUUCAUAUUGCGGAAGACAGAGGUAUUAUAAUUGAUGAUUCUGGCCUAGAUGAAGAAGAUUUAUACUCUGGUGUUGACAGAAGAGGCGAUGAGCUGUUGGCCGCUUUGAAAAGCAACUCCAAGCCUAAUGCGAACAAGGGCAAUAGGUACGUCCCACCCACCUUAAGACAGCAACCUCAUCACAUGGAUCCAGCAAUUAUAUCUUCCAGUAAUUCUAACAAUAAUGAAAACGCUGUUACCACUGAUAUCUCCACUUCUGCAGCAGCGGAAGUAACAGAGGAAAAAGUCUCACAAAAGACUUCCAAGAAUAAGAAAAGUUUGAGUAGCAAAGAGGCCCAAAUCGAGGAGCUGAAAAAAUUUUCCGAAAAAUUCAAAGUUCCAUAUGAUAUGCCAAAGGAUAUGCCAGAAGUUCUAAAAAGGUCAAACUCCGCUUUGAAAUCUAAUUCUUCGUUGCCUCCAAAACCGAUCAGCAAAACCCCUUCCGCCAAGACUGUUUCUCCUACUACACAGGUUUCGGCAGGAAAAUCCGAAUCUAGAAGAAGUGGUAGUAACAUGUCUCAAGGCCAGUCAUCUACCGGUCACGCCACAAGGUCUAGCACUUCAUCGAGAAGACGUAAUCAUGGCUCCUUUUUCGGUGCCAAGAACCCUCAUACUAAUGACGCCAAGAGAGUGUUGUUCGGAAAAAGCUUUAAUAUGUUCAUUAAAUCCAAAGAGGCACACGAUGAGAAGAAGAAAGGCGUUGAUGCGCCCGAGAAUAUGGAACCAUUCUUUAUUGAAAAACCUUAUUUUACUGCGCCAACUUGGCUAAAUACAAUUGAAGAAUCGUACAAGACAUUUUUCCCAGACGAGGAUACAGCCAUUCAAGAAGCUCAAACCAAGUUCCAACAACGCCAAUUGAACUCUAUGGGCAAUGGCGCACCUGGUAUGAACCCAAAUAUGGGCAUGAAUAUGGGAGGGAUGAUGGGAUUCCCUAUGGGAGGUCCAUCGGCAUCACCAAACCCUAUGAUGAAUGGCUUUGCUGCGGGGUCAAUGGGUAUGUACAUGCCAUUCCAGCCCCAACCAAUGUUUUAUCAUCCAUCAAUGCCUCAAAUGAUGCCAGUUAUGGGUAGCAAUGGGGCUGAAGAAGGAGGAGGAAACAUUUCGCCCCAUGUGCCUACAGGUUUUAUGGCAGCUGGCCCCGGCGCUCCUAUGGGUGCCUUCGGAUAUCCAGGGGGGAUGCCCUUCCAAGGAAUGAUGGCAUCAGGUCCAUCUGGCAUGCCAGCAAAUGGGUCGGCAAUGCACAGUCAUGGUCACAACAGAAAUUACCAUCAGACUAGCCACCAUGGUCACCAUAAUAACAGUACUAGUGGCCACAAAUAG